ACCUUGAGCGUGAAGUGGUUUCAAUACUGAAGCUGUCAAAUUUCUCCGUUAUACUCCGUCCUCAAGAAUCAGUUUCAAAAACCCUCCAACAAAAACCCUCUUCCAUUUCGUAAUAUAAACCAUGGCGGCUCAACCCAAACGCGGCGGAGUUUCCCUACCCGAGAGGCGGUCUGCCGCCAAGCCGGAAUCCAACGUCCUCGCCAGGAUCACUUCCUCCCCUCUCGUUUCUCGUGGUAAGCAAGCCGCGUGCGACGCCGCUUUCGUCUCCAAGAAGCUCCUCCGUAGCACCGGAAAGGCUGCUUGGAUCGCCGGAACAACUUUCUUGAUCUUAGCUGUCCCUUUGAUCAUCGAGAUGGACCGUGAGCAGCAGCUCAAUGAGCUUGAGCUACAGCAAGCUAGUCUCCUUGGUGCCCCGCCUACUGCGUCCGUCAGUAAGUGAUCAAGUCCGAUUGGGUCAUUUCAGGUCAGAGCUUGUUGUUUCAUCAAUUUUUUGCCUGUUUAGGCCGUUCCCCUUGAGUUACAGUAACCUUUCGAUCAUGUAUGAGUUUUAGAUGUAGUUAAGGAAUUCAAGAUUUUACUUCUUUUUUGGUGUUUCAAGUUUGAAUUUCUUGUGGAAUGGCGUUGUCGGACUUGGUUUUAUCAAGUUAUUGCUUAUGAAUUUCAAGUGAAACUGUGUUGUCUUUGAUAUUGUUGUAAUAAAGUACUCGAAAUUUAGGAGUUUUCAUUUUUGCUACUUUUGAAUGAGAACCAAAUGAUUAUGGAA